AUGACGUUCGACUUCUGUUCAACUAAAGAUCUCCAUGGACAAACGAGUACGACCCUCCACUUGCCGAUGGGCACAUGCCAACGAAUAAGCUGCGAACGCUCAAGAUUGAGGCGAAUGCCACUUUUGAGGCAUAUCGUGAUUUUGGAGCAAGACUGCCCGGUGACUGAGAGCAACACUCAUCUUGUUAACAUUGAGCCAAUGAUUGAAGAGCAAGAGUCGAAGAUGCGGCACACACUCAAUGAGAUCUACUUUGGAAAGACCAAACAGGUUCUCGGCGAUUUGAGGACAAUCGAGAGUGCGAUUGAAUUGAAGAAUCGCGAGAACAGCAUGCAAGAAAUCAAAUCGGUCUCUUCAGAAACAAUCUCUUCAGCGAAAGUCAACACCUGGUCGACGGCAUCGAAUUUC